AUGACAGAAAUGGCAGUGGAAUCUGAGCGCAAUGGACGUUUGUUUGAGAGGCCGAAACCCAAAGUUGGCGUGGAACACGUCCAGCCUGAUCCAAGCAAGCUUGGCCAGAGUCAGCAACUCGGAAACAGCAAUGGCCAGGCCGAAGCCAUAGGCGUUGCUCAAGGCUUAGAUGACGAUUCCUUUCAGUUCGGGGAAGAGCUAGGAAAGAUCCAGUUCUCCCUUAUGUACGACUUUCCCGAUCAAACACUGGUGCUGCGGAUCGUCAAAGCAAAUCAUCUUCCUGCCAAAGAUUUCAGCGGAACAAGUGAUCCUUUUGUUAAAAUCAUGCUCCUGCCAGACAAAAAAGUCAAAAUGGAGACCAAAGUGAAGAGGAAAAACCUCAAUCCUAUUUGGAACGAAUCUUUUCAUUUUGAAGGUUAUCCAUACAGCAAAAUACAAGAGCGUGUUCUGCAUCUGCAGGUGCUGGACUACGAUCGCUUUAGUAGAAACGACCCGAUCGGGGAGAUCAACUUGCCACUCGCCGAGGUCGACUUGACACACGAAAAAUUGUACUGGAGGGCACUCACGCCAAGUAAAAAAUCAUCAGGUAAACUCGGGAGUUUACUGGUGUCAUUGUGCUAUGCACCUACAGCCGGAAGGAUUACAAUUACAGUCCUCAAGUGUCAAAAUUUAGCUGCCAAAGAUAUUACAGGAAAAUCAGAUCCGUACGUGAAAAUCUGGCACAUGCACAAGGACAAGCGCGUUGAGAAGAAGAAAACAGUCAUCAAGUACCACACGCUCAAUCCAGUCUAUAACGAGUCCUUCGUCUUUAACAUCCCGCUCGAUAGGAUACGUGACACGACCUUCGUCGUUUCGGUCCUGGACAAGGACCGCCUCUCAAAGAACGAUAUGAUCGGCGGGAUCCUUCUCGGGGCGCGGACGUCGCCGGCCGAAAUGAGCCACUGGAACGAGAUGAUGAGCAAGCCGCGGACUAAUAUUGCCAAAUGGCAUGUGCUAAAAGGGGUUAAUUGAUGAUAGCGCCGUCGCCGCGGCGUUUUCGAUGUCGAGUUGGUACUUUCAACACAUGUGCAUUUAUCCGACUGUAGAUUUCAAGCCAACUGUCCGACCCCCGUUUUCAGGUUCUAGCGGAAGUGUGGGGGAUUGGGAACUGCGUAGUAUUCUGAGAUCGAUGGAAUUCAUGAUUUACAUCUCAGAGUUUUGUAUAAGCAUGCAUCGUCAUUUAGUUGGUGUCCGUGCGUAUGUUUCCUGGUGUGAUAAAAGGGCAUGUACUGCCGAGGACUUUGUGAUCAUGGCUCAUAAGACAUCAUAUUGUGUACUCUCAUCUAUCUCUUUCUACACUUUCAUUGACUUCAAUUCUUGAUGGCAUCUUGCUCCACAGGACGACCAUCCGUACUACCAACCCACGACGAGAUGCAUUGCAUUUCUCCUGGUUCCUGCAUGUCAUCACCCGUGUGAAGGGUGGCAAUAAUCCAUAAAAUGCCUGGGAAUAUCAUUAUACCUCAGCAGCGGACAGCCUUCCAAGAUUCUCGCGGAAAAGAAUUUCCCAUCGCCAUGAUCCCUCUCGUCUCCUCAGGGUCCGGUAACAUAAAGCGUAGCGAUCGAUUGUACAGGUGGUUUGAACGCUAGAUUGCACGUUAAUGAUUGUAGUAGUAAUCAAAGAAAUCAACUCUGCAAUCAAUCGCUAAGCUAAAUGUCACAGCGCCCUCAUCAUUUUUUAACCCAAAGAUGUAGAGAUACACAAGACUCAAUAUGCCUUGAUGAUGCUAUAUGCAGUAUCAUGCAUAUGCUUAUUAAUAAAACAAAGCAAUCAUAUGACACAAUAUGUUUAUGAAUAGAUAAUUAUAGUUCAUAGAUUAUGUGAAAGCUAAAAGAUUAAAUACAUGUAUGAUCUAUAUAUUUUAUUGGUGAAUCAUUUAAUGAUUCGGUUUUCUAUGAUAUAAUGUUAUACUAAACAUUCCGUGUUAGUGCUCUGUACUGUCAUGCUUUUCUAUUAUCCAUAAUGCAGCAUACUGCUCAAAUAUUAGGAAAUUUACCAUUUCGUCUUAUUUACGGUACGGAUUUACCCAUUUUCUCUUGCAUUCACUUGGUCUUGCACCACAUAGUCUUUAUGAUAAUUCAAGGUACAGUCAAAAACCCACCUCUUUCUGAAUGUUUUCGUAACCACCCUUUCACACGGUAAAAAAAAUUGUGAUUUGAAUGAUGAUUCCCAUGAAAAAUAAGGCAAAUGAAGAAUUUGUAGCACGUGUGAAUCCAAACUAGAACAUGAUUAGAAUCACGAACGCGAAUCACAAUCACGAAUUCAUAUUCUACUGUUAAGUUUCACUCAAAUUAUGGUACGAAUUCGCGUGUGAAAGGCUUGACCUCCAAUACAUCUUUUGGGGGCGGAGCUUAUGUGACCUUUCAAGCACUUCCGUAGAUAAUACAAUUGCCAUGCACUCAUUGUUUAUAUUUGCGAUGCAGUGCUUUGAUUGACAAGUCACCAAGGACACAUGCCGCCUUCGCUCGGGAAUUCAAAUUCAAAUCACAGUUUUCAAGUGAGCGUGUGAAAUGUCCGCUAAUUCUAAAGACGAAAUGCAAUCAUCAACAAUGCUGAUUCAAGAUUCGCGUAUAAAAAGGCCCUAAGUUAGGUUCAAUCUUCGUUUAAUAUUCUUUGAUCCUUACAAUGUAUAUUUAAUGUUUUGAUGUUUGAUCUACGAUUCUAACCUGAUUCCUCAUGCAUAGAGACCUGGGGGGCAUUUUUAAAAGCUGUUGGUAAGUGAAAAACGACUUUAAGAACGACUGGUGAUCCUUUCUUGUGGUAAAUGAUAUUCACCAUUAAAUGUUCAUUGGUGAUUAUUUUGCACAAAAGAAAGGUUCACCAGUAGUUCUUAAAGUCGUUCUUAACUUACAAACAGCUUUAUGAAACACCCACCCGUAGGUGUUAUUAUUAGAAACUGUUCUAUAUUAUUGACUGUUUAUGAAACAUAUUUUGUUGGACAUAAUGCAACAUAAUACCUGGAAGAAAUGUAAACAAAAACCAUCUGGGAAUUACACUAUUAAAAUGAGAAUUAGACCAAGUGAGUUUUAAGGCCAAGUUAUGGUUGGACCAAAUGGUAAUUAAUUAGACCAAAUGUACAGGUUCCAUAACAUUUGCUCCGGCGAUAAUUGCUCCGCACAUUAAAGGCAUUGGCUAACAUUGCUUUGACUUUAAAAAAUCUGAGGUGCAAGGUCCCACUUGUCACCUCUGUCUGUGAUAUGUUAC